AUGGGGUCAAUAGGUCUCGAAGAGAAGACGAGGGAUUACCUCACUCAUGGCGACCCAGAUGAGUUCAACCCGGAGCUUUGGAGUUCUGGGAGAUUGCCUGAUCGCCAGCCAGAGACCCAUCUCAAUGUACUCAUCGUCGGCGCAGGGCCAAGUGGACUGAUGACUGCGCUUGAAUGUUGGAGGAAAGGGCACAAUGUGGUUGGCAUUUUAGAAAGAAGCAAAGGCCCUGUAUACACAGGAGAUCUUGUCAUCAUAGCGCCGUCGGCGAUAACUGUCUUCAAGCAUUGGCCCGAUAUGCUCGAGGAUCUUGAGGCGGAUAAGCGUGAAAGCUCGCAGUACUACUACAAGCACACUGGAGAGCAUAUCCUGGGACCAACACGAUUCACGUUCAACGAACCUGACGUAGAAGCCGAGAUCAGGCGUGCCGGGAACCCAGUCCCUGGACCCAACCAGAUUCGAAAGCAAUUCUUUCGGACUUUGCUAAAGCAGGUAGCCCGGAUUGGUCUGAGGGUCGAAUAUGACACAACGGUUGCCGAGUACUUUGAGGUAGAGGCGGCCGGUGUGGCCGGUGUUGUUCUCUCCGGCAGCAGAGCCGUACGCGUCGCAGACCUGGUAGUCGCGGCUGAUGCAACGCGUACUCGCUCAGAUCUCCUCAUCCAUGGACGCCACCAACCAGCAAAAUCCAGUGGCAUGUCAGUCUAUCGCUGUUCAAUGCCCCCAGAAAUACCUCUUCAGGACCCUGCGUUCAGAGAGAGAUGGGGCGAAGCAAUUGAGAGAGGAGAAUCGUCACAUGAAUUCUGGCUUGGUCGCGGCAUGCAUCUCAAUAUGGCCAUAUCACCAAAGAUCGUGGCCUUUGGACUUACUCCGCGAGACAGCACGCAGAUGGAGGGCGGCGUUGCGCCUAUUGAAUCCUGGCAACCUGAUGUGGACCCGGAGCAAGUUUUAGAAGUACUUCGUCGCACACCAGGCUGGCCAGCUGCCGUCGAAAGUCUCAUCAAGUCCGCGCCCAAAGGUAGCGUAGUCCAUUGGCCUCUGAUGUGGCGCAAUCUCCAAGAGAGCUGGACAUCGCAAGGCGGCCUAGUUGUCCAAGUGGGCGAUGCUGCUCACAGCACUAUACCGGCGUCGGCAAGCGGUGCGACUUUGGCAUUGGAAGAUGCUGUCACCCUUGCUUCAUGCUUACAACUUUCGUGUAUCAACGGAGGCAAGCAAGGUGCCUCAUUAGGCGCUCGAGUGUACAAUAUGCUACGCUAUCAGCGCGUUGCUUGCUCGCAGAAGGCUGCAUUUGUCAAUUCGGAAAUUCUAGCCCGAGCCAACAUGGAGGAGAUUUCCAAAAAUCCGGAAAAGGCGAAGAUUCACUACCCGAAGUGGCUAUUCAUGCAUGAUCCGGAAAAGUAUGCGUACGACAACUAUGGCUCUGCUGUUGCCAACCUCUUGUCUGGCGCGCCGUUCCAGAACACCAAUAUUCCUCCGGGACACAAGUUCAGUGUCUGGACGAUGGAGGGCGUACUUGAAGAAUAUCGAAGCGGCAAGAAGGCAGCUGAUUUCCUUGAUGGCGAUUGGUCAUGAAGUCAGUGAGAAAGCAGAAAAAUACAGCCGCUUUUAACAGAUAAAUUGAAUCAGUUUGCUCAUAUGUGGAUAUUCUACGCAGUCUUUGAGGAGUGUACCACACUAGGCUUCUUGAUCUUGCAUCUGAUGCUAUGAAAGGCGUACACAACCAGAUCAGCGGCCUCUUAAACUUCUCUGAGCGACAGAGGUACUAUGGGUGCUCCCUUUACAGCAGCAUAAGACCAGAGAAGCGCUUGACGGAGAGGCAAUGCGAGUAGCUUCAUUGGUACGUACUCUGACGAGGACACACGCGUAUUGAAAACAGCUCGAUGCAAGUCUUGCUAGUCUUUCAGCCAUGUCUUUCCACAAGAAAGAACGAUCGUGCGGCUCGGAUAAUUGAGUCUGCCGUGAUGUGGUUCGGGCAAUUGCAAACAAGGAUCGACAUCAUGGCCGACACGUGGGAUGCACUGGGGAGACACGCGCCAUCUUCACGUUCGCAUGUGCAAAGCUCCAUGGAUGCAAAAUGUGGGCACAAGCUGAUAGAGCCGAA